CCGCCAUGGCCGCCGCCAACCGCCGCGCCCCCACCCCGCCGCAGCUGGAAUUCGGGGGGCCCCUGGGCUCGGCCCUGCUGCUGCUGCUGCUCCCGGCCACCCUGUUCCACCUGCUGCUGACCUGCCGGUCGGGGCCCUGCAGCCUGCUGAGCCUGCCCGCCCCGCUGCCCGCCCCGCACGCCUUCUGGAGCCCCCGGGCGCUGCUGCUGCUGCUCGGCUGGCUGGGCCUGCAGGCCGCCCUCUACCUGCUGCCCCUCGGACCGGUGGCGGAGGGCACGCGGCUCCCGGACCACACCCGCCUGCGCUAUCCCGUCAACGGCUUCCGGGCCCUGGGAGCCACGGCGGCGCUGGUGGGCGCGGGGCUGGCGGCGGGGCUGCCCCUGGACGCCCUGGUCGACCUGCUCCUGCCCCUGGCCUCGGCCGCCGCCCUCACGGCCGCGGCCCUCAGCGUCUUCCUCUACCUCAAGGCCCGGCGGGCCCCGCCCUGCGCCCUGGCGCCGGGGGGCAACACAGGCCACCCGCUCUACGACUUCUUCCUGGGCCGCGAGCUGAACCCCCGCGUCGGCGCCUUCGACCUCAAGUACUUCUGUGAGCUGCGGCCCGGUCUCAUGGGCUGGGCCCUGCUGAACCUGGCCCUGCUGCUGCGGGAGGCCGAGCUGCGGGGGGGCCGGCCCUCUCUGGCCAUGGGCCUGGUCAACGCCUUCCAGCUGCUCUACGUGGCCGACGCCCUCUGGCACGAGGAGGCCGUGCUCACCGCCGUGGACGUCACCCACGACGGCUUCGGCUUCAUGCUGGCCUUCGGGGACCUGGCCUGGGUGCCCUUCACCUACAGCCUCCAGGCGCAGUUCCUGCUGGGCCACCCGCAGCCCCUGGGGCUCCCCGCCGCCUGCGCCAUCUGCCUGCUCGACGCCAUCGGCUACUACAUCUUCCGAGGGGCCAACUCGCAGAAGAACAUCUUCCGCAGGGACCCGACGGACCCCCGGGUGGCCGGCCUCCAGACCAUCCCCACGGCGACCGGACGGCGGCUCCUGGUGUCCGGCUGGUGGGGGCUGGUCCGUCACCCCAACUACCUCGGGGACCUCAUCAUGGCCCUGGCCUGGUCCCUGCCCUGCGGCGUCACCCACCUCCUGCCCUACUUCUACGUCCUCUACUUCACGGCCCUGCUGGUGCACCGCGAGGCCCGCGACGAGCGCCAGUGUCUGCGCAAGUACGGCCUGGCCUGGCGCGACUACUGCCGGCGCGUGCCCUACCGCAUCCUGCCCUACGUCUACUGAGCGCCGCGCCCGCUCCCGGGGACCCCGGCCGCGGCGCGCCCCGCUCGGGCUUCCCCCCGAGUCUCGAUAAAGAGCGUGCGCUCCUUGG